AUGGCGCAUGAUGAGCCAGCUGGCCUAGCGUACGCGGACUACUUCGCGGCGGCGGCCGCCGGCGCCGUGGCGACGCUCGUGCCGGAGGUGGACGCCGUCGGCGGGGCCGGGGAGGAGGAUCUUCACCUCUACGGCGUGCACCACCAGCACGGGGUGGAGAUGUUCGGGGCCAGCAGGGGCCACAUGCCGCAGGCCGCGAUGAUGGCGGGCCCCGUUGCCUCUGCGGCGCACGGCAAGGCCGCGCUCGGUCGCGUCGACGUCGCUUCUCCCGUCGGCGGGAACUUCGGCGACCACCGUCGGCAGGGUCUCCAGGCGCCGCUGUCGCUGUCGCUCCACGGGACCGCCGACGCCGCGCUGCUGGCGCUGCACCACCACCAGCAGCUCGCCGGCGGCGUGCCAGGGCAGCACCAGCCGGGGGCGUGGCCACAGCAGCAGGGCGCGUGGCACCUGCGCGGCUCCAGGUUCUUACGCCCGACGCAGCAGCUCCUGCAAGAAUUCUGCACCCUUCCCGUGGACACCACCAGCACAGCUGCUGCUUCCAAGCUACCCACGAAGCCAGAGAGCGAGGACGGCGUCGGCUCCUCGUCCUCGGCCCCGUCGGCGCAGAUCCAGGCCAUGAAUGCGUCCGAGCUGCAGAGGCUCAAGGCCAAGCUCUACGCCAUGCUCCAAGAGGUGGAGAGGAGGUACCGGAGGUACCGGGAGCAGAUGAGGGCGGUGGCGGGGUCCUUCGAGGCGGUGGCCGGGGAGCAGGCGGCGGCGGCGUACACGAGGCUGGCGUCGCGGACGAUAUCCAAGCACUUCCGGAGCCUGAGGGAUGGGGUGGCGGCGCAGAUGCAGGCGGUGCGCCGGGUGCUCGGCGAGAAGGACGCGGACGGCGUUCCGGCGGCCGGGAUGGCCCAGGGGGAGACGACCCCCAGGCUGCGGGCCAUCGACCAGUGCCUGAGGCAGCACAGGGCGUACCAGGCCGGCGUGCUCGAGAGCCAGCCGUGGAGGCCGCAGCGCGGGCUGCCGGAGCGCGCCGUAUCCAUCCUCCGGGCCUGGCUGUUCGAGCACUUCUUGCACCCGUAA